UUUCAAGUGUUGCUAAUUUUAAAUAACUCAUUGGUACUCUCUACAGUACUCGAGUCGAUUUAAACUCUGCUUCUUCUUAAAAAAGUGCUUUCAUUCUUACUGUAUAUAUUUACUCUAUAUUUUAUAAAAAAAUAGUUAAUAAUAAAAAAAUGCGCAUUGAAGAAAUAACUACCGGUAGUACUGUUAAAUAUAAAGAGUCUUAUUCUGAUAAACUUGGCCGCUACUUAAUAGCAGCUAAGAAAAUAGCUCCCGGCGAAGUUAUUCUACGUGAUAACCCAAUAGUUGUUGGUGCUGCGUCUUUCAACGAUAAUUCUCUGUGUUUUUCAUGUUUCCGUGUGAUAGAACCAAAGCCUAUCGGCUUGAAAUUUCCUUGUCCCAAAUGCAAAGUCGCAAUUUUCUGUUCAACAAAUUGUGAGACACGAGAGUCAUUCCAUACGCCAGAAGAGUGCAAAUUACUAAAAGAUAAAUUAUCUGAGUCAGUAAAUCAGGAUAUUAGAGGAAUAUUGCUGCUGAUUCGAUUGCUAUUGAUAAAAAAAAGAAACGCCGAGCUGUGGAACAGGAUAAUUAAUCUUGAAGCUCAUUUGGAGGAAAGAAGAAACACUCAUGUAUGGAAGGAACGUCAAGAAGAAAUAGAAAUUUUUAAGUCGUUUGAAUUUGGUGAAAACGAUGAAGAUCUUCAAAGAUUGUGUGGAAUUAUUGAUGUUAAUUCCUUUGAAUUAAGAUCUCCAGGUACUCUUGAUUCUGCUUUACGGGGAUUGUAUGCAGAAGCUGCUUUGAUGGCUCAUGAUUGUCGUGGAAACACUCAUCUUACUGUGGAUGAUGAUUUCCAGCUUACUGUCUACGCAAGUCAGUCUAUUGAUGAGGGAGAGCCUAUUCUAUUUAAUUAUACUUCUUCUUUAUUGGGGACUGCUGAAAGAAGAGAACAUUUAAAAAAAGGUAAAUACUUUGAGUGCAAUUGUCCGAUGUGCGAAGAUCCAGAAGAACUUGGUGCGAAUCUCAGCAGCAUUUAUUGUCCCCGGUGUAAAGAGGGGUUAAUUAGGUACGAAGGCAAAAAAAUGAAUCCUUAUUUGAGAGAGAAGAAAUGGAAGUGCAAGAAAUGUCAGAGGUUCUACUCUGGAGCGCUGAUUAAAACUACGCUGGAAUUGACCAAGACACGGAUUGAUCAAGCAGAUGAAUCUAGAAUUAAAGAACUAGAGACCUUAUUGAAGAACUUUUCGAUUAUGUUGCAUUCAAACCAUUUUCUGAUAAUGAGUUUGAAACAAAAAUUGCUGGCGUUGUACAGGAAAGAAAUAACUUGCCUGAAUCCGAAGAAAAAAAUUUUGCAACGCAUGAUGGAACUUUGCAAAGGAAUUCUUCAGGUUUUGGAAAUUGUCGAGCCUGGAAUUUCGAGGUUGAAAGGGAUAAUAUUAUACGAAAUUCAUCUACCGAUAAUAAUAAUAGCGAAUAAAGACUAUGCGCUUAGAGAAAUAACUUCUGAAGAUCUGGCAAAACGGCUCGAAGAAGCUGAAAAUUAUUUGAAGAGAUCACUGAGUAUGCUGCUGAUAGAGCCGGCAUCAACUCCCGAAGGUGUUUUAGCGAAACGCGCUCUUCAAGAAUAUAAAGCGCUGAGACAAAAUUUAGAUGACGUUAGAUCGUUACCGCCUUCGUUGGAUUACAAAAAAAUUGAUUUUGAAAUGAUGAAAAAGCGGAAAAAUAAAAAAAUUAAAUGAAUUGCUUUUGUAUUAAUAGAUGAAAUUUAUAAAAUAA